AUGAAAUCGAGGCCUUUCUCCGCCGGAGUUAUUGAUUCUAAGAAAAGAGAAGUCGCAAAGGCACAAAAACUGGCAGGAAAUUCUCCGAAACGAAACGCUAGCUGUAAACAUGAAAAUCUAAUAGAAGAGCUAAAAGAUACAAACGAACGGGUCAAGGCUCUUGAACUAUUGAAUGUACAACUAACAGAUGACAAUAAAUUGCUUCGAAAAAAAUUAGAUCAAGUUAAUGAUGAAAAACAUAUUGUAGAUUUAAAAUUAACAGAAUGUGAAAAAUUCAUAAGUAAAUUAUCAAGAGAGUACGAAAACAGAAAUUCGGAGGAUCUUCAAAGACAGGUUAAAGAAAUGGAAAUGAUUUUAAAACGCAAGCACCCAGAUUCAGUUUCUGCUUUGAUAGUAGCUUCAAAGUCAUCGGCAGUUGAAGAUAGUAAAAAGAAAUUGUUAGAGGAACGCAUCGCCCGAUUAGAACAAGAGUUGAAGGAUAAAGAAAAUCACUUUCAAAGCAUACUUAUAACGUUACAAGAAAAGUUCAGUGGUAUGAAACAGAAAUACGAAAGUCAUAUAAUUGACGUUGAAAGGCAACUAAUGGAAGACCGAAAAGUUAAUAUGGAUUUUAAAAAUAAAGUCAAUAAGACAAAUGUAAAAGAUGCGGCCGUUCAAACUUUGACUGAGUCCCGACAUACUGUGGGAACUCAAACGUUUCUAAAACCAGACAGAGCUUCUUCAGCUGUGAGUCGAAUGUCGCAAAACUCUGCAUUGUUUUUAAACAAGUUAAAAGAAGACAGCUAUCUCAUUGCUACCAUAAAAGGAUUGCAAGCAGAAUUGACCUCAAAACAGCGCACUAUCUCUAAAAUUAACAGAGAAACUGAAGAACUGAGAAAAAAUCUACGAAAUUUACAAAAAGAGAAAGAAGUGUUACUUAAUAUACACCCACAAAAGAAAACACAAUGCAAGCCGACUAAAUCGGUCGAAAAUAUAUUCGCUAAAGUGAAUACGGAACUGGAAGCGGAACUUUCCGAAGCUAGAAAGCACAAUGAAGCGUUAGCUCAGGAUAAAGCAAGUUUGCUUGAUUCACUGAAACGAACGAAUGAAGACUAUAUUUUAUUGAAGAAGAAGCGAAUACAAGACCUUCACACGUUGCAAUUGGCGCAUGAGAAGGAACUAAUGCAGAUGAAUAUGCAGCUAUAUCCGUUGCAAGAGGAGAUCAAACUUUUGAAUCGUACCGUGGAGAUUUUACAAGAAAGACUGCGAGCGGCGGAAGAAAAACUAUUAAAUUGUCGCUCUGGUGUAAAGGAUCCUGACCUUAGAGCUGGCGGUGAUAAUCCAAGUUCUAGGAAUAUCCGUUGA